UGAAUAGACAUUUAAUAACAUAAACAUGCAGACAAACAACAUUCUGGAUCAAACUCUGCUAUUUAAAGAUGGACCAGACGCGUCUAAGGGUACCCACCUCAAUUCGCUAGUGGAAAAUGGGAAGUAUAAAGAUAGGUAGAUCUACAUGUACAGUUGCAAAUUAAGAUGCUUCAAAUCUGUACCACGGACCUUCACUGUGGAGGCGGCACGGUCCGUGUGGUGAGAGGCGACCAACUUCCGGUCAUCUCCGGUAACUCGCUUCUGGAGAAACGGAACUACUUCCGAGACAAUCUGGACUAUAUACGGAAGUUCCUUUUGCAUGAGCCACGUGGUCAUGAAGAUCUGUACGGCAUAGUUGUUCUCGAAUCUGAUGACGUCACGGCUGACGUCAAUUUGAUUCUCCUUCACAAUGCCGGGUACGGUUCAAUGUGCGGUCACGGAGCGCUAGCGAUGGGGCGGUUCGCUGUCGACACGGGGAUCGUACGCAAACCAACGUCACCGGAAACGGAAGUUAGGCUGCGUUGUCCGUGUGGUAUCGUCCGCGUGUUUGUACAGUAUGAAAACGGACGGACAGGAUCGUCAAGAUUUAUCAGUGUACCGUCGUUUGUAUUUGCUCGAGAUGUCAAGGCGUCGGUUCAAGGGUACGGCGACGUCACAGCAGAUGUGUGUUACGGAGGGGCAUUUUUCGUUCACGUCAAGGCGUCGUUGUUAGGUCUUGACGUGCGGACCUCAUCAAUUGACGAUCUCAUCAGGGCCGGUGACGCAGUGACACGAGUGUUCAAGGCGUGUGUGACUGUUACUCAUCCCGACAGCCCGGACCUGGCCUUCAUCGUCGGAACAAACCUCGUCGACGACAACGAAGACAACCCCGACGUUCCGACCGCUAUGGUGUGCAUUUUUGCCGACAAACAGGUGGAACGUUCACCGUGUGGAUCUGGCAGCGCCGCAAGAAUAGCACAACUCUACGAGAGGGGACAUCUCAAACUUGGCGAAACGAGACAAAUACAAGGCCCAACGGGGGACUGUUUCAAAACAACGCCGAUUAAGGAUGUGAAAUAUGGGGAACACAACGCAGUGAUAGUGGAAGUUGAAGGCAGGGCUUAUUAUGCGGGGAAAGCAGAGCUUAUCCUUGAAGAAGGAGAUGAAAUUGGAAAGGGAUUCUUGUUACGAUAAUCAUUUUUCAUAACGGUGUAGUCAUUGAUCAGAGCAUUUUGACAUACUCAUUUUAACAGUAUUACAGCAAUUUAAA